UUGCUAUCGACUAUGUCGGGUCGUGCUCCUUUUAUCAAGCCCGUUUUGGAGUACAACGAGCACGGAUGGGGUCCAUGCGAGGAGCUCAGCGUGGAUGUGCCCUACCAGCCCUUCUGCAAGAGUGAUCGCGUGGGCAAGAUCUCCGAUUGGACCGCGCCGCCGACGGAGAGGAAGUUUGCAAACAAGUACGUCUCGUCAUUUGGUAAUAGCAAUCAAUAUGCCUACUUUCACGAGGACGACGAGUCCACGUAUCAUUUGGUGGACACCUCGGGAUUCAAGGGCUUCAGGCCGUUCCAGCGGGGUCGGUUCCGUGGCAAUAUACGCAACAAUCCCCGGACGCGGGGACGCACUGGACGUGGCGGUGCCGUGACUGGAAUAGGUGGAAAUCAGCCCGGAGUUGGAGUUAAUGAGCGUACCAAGUACGGAAAGGGUCGCGACAACCGCCGUCAAAUGGGGCGUCGGUUCGGUCGGAAUGCUCCCACUCGGAUGCGAGAGAGCUCCGUGGUGGUCCGCUCCGACUGGGUGUCCAUUGAGGAGAUCGACUUUCCUCGUCUUCUAAAGUUAUCGCUGCCGAAUGUGAAAGAGGGCCAGGAUGUGGUUACCUGUGGGUCUCUGGAGUACUACGACAAGACAUAUGAUCGAAUUAACGUGAAGAACGAGCGGCCUCUGCUCAAGACGGACCGCAUAAUUCACACGUUGACCACCACAGAUGAUCCCGUGAUCCGCCGCCUGUCCAAGACCAUUGGCAACAUCUUUGCCACCGAUGAGAUACUGGCCACCAUCAUGUGCUGCACUCGCUCUAACUACUCCUGGGAUGUAGUCUUCGACAAGGUUGGCAACAAGAUAUUUCUAGACAAACGCGACAACGCCCAGUUCGAUUUACUGACGGUGAACGAGACAGCCUUGGAGCCCCCUCUGGAUGAGGAGGGUUCCAUCAAUUCACCACACAGCCUGGCCAUGGAGGCCACCCUCAUCAAUCACAACUUCUGCCAGCAGGUUCUCCGUGGGGGCGAUCAGAAGAAGUACCAGUUUGAGGAGCCUUAUCCCUUGGAGGAGUCCGGGGUGGAUCUCGUCUCGAUCGGCUACCGGUACAAGCAGUGGGAUCUGGGGAAUAAUAUCAUAUUGAUUGCCCGUUGCAAGCACAAUGGCGUUCUUCAGGGUCCUAAUGGAGAGGUGCAGUUCCUGUCUAUUCGCGCCCUCAAUGAAUGGGACUCCAAGGCGUCCAACAGCCUGGAGUGGCGGCAGAAGUUGGACACCCAGCAUGGUGCUGUGUUGGCCUCAGAGCUGCGUAACAAUGCCUGCAAGCUGGCCCGCUGGACCGUCGAGUCUGUCCUCUCCGGCUCGGAUCAGCUGAAACUAGGCUACGUGUCCCGUGUGAUCCCACGCGAUCAUCUGCGCCAUGUCAUUCUGCGCACACAGCAGUUCAAGCCUCAGGAGUUCUCUACUCAAAUCAAUCUGAGCAUGGACAAUGCCUGGGGCAUCUUGCGCUGCCUCAUCGACAUCGUGAUGAAGCAGCCCGAUGGGAAGUACCUGCUGAUGAAGGAUCCCAACAAGCCCAUGGUGCGGCUGUAUGAUGUCCCAGAGAACGCAUUCGAGUCGAGUGAUGAGGAUGACCUCAGUGACGACAAGCUUUUUCUGCUGUCCAAUUGAUAACUAAUCGCUUACACAUAUUCAUUUGCUUUCGAACAGAUAUUGAACACGAUCCGUUGACACUCGACACAUGCUGGAUGCCACACUGACGUCUGCACUAUAUGCCCAGCACAAAUACAAUUUAAAUUGAGUUUUUGAACAGAUACACAUGAGCGAGAGCAGGAGCAGGAGCAGGAGCAGGAGCUGGAAAAGCCAUCACACAUGUGACUGAAUGUCCGCCGAUUCCCCCGGCUUCCAAUCGGAGUUAUUUGAUGAUAACAUGGCCACAUCAAUCACUGCGGUUCUCCUCUCCCCAAUGGAAAUACUCGUACAAAAUGAAACCCCAGCUAAAUAAAUAUGCAUUGUGUGUUGCUAGCCCCGA